UCGAGCCUGUGGGGGCGGGUCACGCAGAGCGCGCGGCCGGGAGCGGCGGUGGCGGUCUGGCUGCGGGCGAGGAAGCCGGCGCCGGGCCCCUGGUCCGCGGGACGCCGCGCAGUGCCCGCCGCUUCCCGCCGCGGAGCCAUGGAGAUCGGCACGGAGAUCAGCCGUAAGAUCCGGAGUGCCAUUAAGGGGAAAUUGCAAGAAUUAGGAGCUUACGUCGAUGAAGAACUUCCUGAUUACAUUAUGGUGAUGGUGGCCAACAAGAAAAGUCAGGACCAAAUGACAGAGGACCUGUCCCUGUUUCUAGGGAACAACACAAUUCGAUUCACCGUAUGGCUUCACGGUGUAUUAGAUAAACUCCGCUCUGUAACGACCGACCCCUCCAGUCUGAAGGCUUCUGAUACCAGCCUCUUUGAUGGUAACGUGCCUUCCAGCAAGAGCAGUUGCAGUCGAGGAGAUGAGAGAAGGCACGAAGCAGCAGUGCCACCUCUUGCGGUUUCUAGCACGAGACCUGGAAGAAGAGAGUCGAGAGUUUCUACAAGUUCACAGGAGCAGAAAGCCCCUAAUGUCAGACAGACUUACGAUGAUGGAGCUGCAACCCGACUAAUGUCCACAGUGAAACCUUUGAGGGAGCUAGCACCCUCUGAAGAUGUGAUUGAUAUUAAGCCAGAACCAGAUGAUCUCAUUGAUGAAGACCUCAAUUUUGUGCAGGAGAAUCCCUUAUCUCAGAAAAAAACCACAGUGACACUUACAUACGGUUCUUCUCGCCCUUCUAUGGAAAUUUAUCGACCACCUGCAAGUCGAAACACGGACAGUGGUGCUCAUUUAAACAGGUUGCAGUUUCAGCAGCAGCAAAACAGUAUUCAUGCUGCCAAGCAACUUGAUAUUCAGAGCAGCCGGGUGUAUGAAACAGGACGCUUGUGUGAACCAGAAGUGCUUAACAGCUUAGAAGAGACUUACAGUCCCUUCUUCAGAAGCAACGCAGAAAAGAUGAGUAUUGAGGAAGAAAACUUUCGGAAGAGAAAGUUGCCUGUGGUAAGUUCAGUUGUUAAAGUAAAAAAAUUCAGUCACGACGGAGAAGAGGAGGAGGAAGACGAUGAUUGUGGGUCCCGUACAGGAAGCAUCUCCAGCAGUGUGUCAGUGCCAGCGAAGCCUGAACGGAGACCGUCACUUCCACCUUCUAAACAAGCUAACAAGAAUCUAAUUUUGAAGGCUAUAUCUGAAGCUCAAGAAUCUGUAACAAAAACAACUAACUAUUCUACAGUCUCACAGAAACAGACACUUCCAGUUGCUCCCAGAACUCGAACUUCUCAGGAAGAAUUGCUAGCAGAAAUGGUCCAGGGACAAGGCAGAGUCCCUAGGAUAAGUUCUCCUAUUAAAGAAGAGGAAGCAAAAGGAGAUAAUAUAGACAAAAGUCAAGGAACUCAACAGAGGCAGUUGUUAUCCCGAUUGCAAAUUGACCCCGUAAUGGCAGAAACUCUGCAGAUCAGUCAAGAUGACUAUGACAUGGAGCGCAUGGUCCAUGCAGACACGAGAUCGUUUAUUCUGAAGAAGCCCAAGCUGUGUGAGGAGCUAGUGGUGGCAGCGAGCCAGGCGUCGGGGAUGAAGACCGCAGAGGCCCUUCGGGCCCUUUCAGGACAGCUUGUGCAGACACGAGAUCUUGUACAACCAGAUAAACCUGCGAGUCCCAAGUUUAUAGUGACGCUGGACGGUGUCCCCAGCCCCCCAGGAUACAUGUCAGAUCAAGAGGAGGACAUGUGCUCUGAAGGAAUGAGACCCGCCCAGCACCCUGCAGCCUCACACGGGGGCCUCGCGGGCCUCCUCCACCCGCAGCGGUCGCGCGUGCUGAGCAGGCAGCUUGAGGACCCAGAUGGUAGCUUUGCAAACGCUGAGAUGAGCGAGCUGAGCGUGGCGCAGAAGCCGGAGAAGCUGCUGGAGCGCUGCAAGUACUGGCCUGCCUGCAAGAACGGGGACGAGUGCGCUUACCAUCACCCCGUGUCGCCUUGCAAAGCCUUUCCCAAUUGUAAAUUUGCUGAGAAGUGUCUGUUUGUUCAUCCAAAUUGUAAAUACGAUGCAAAAUGUACUAAACCAGACUGUCCCUUCACUCACAUGAGCCGAAGAACCCCAGGACUGCCUCCAAAACCAGUCACAGCGCCAGCACCGCCUUCCAGUACUCAGCUGUGCCGCUACUUCCCAGCGUGUAAGAAAAUGGAGUGUCCCUUCUACCAUCCGAAACACUGUAGAUUUAACACUCAGUGUACACGACCUGACUGUACGUUCUACCAUCCCACCAUUACUGUACCACCACGACAUGCCUUGAAAUGGAUUCGACCUCAGACCAGUGAAUGACACCCAGUCCUACCUGACAGAAGACUGUGGCGUUUGAGAGUUUCCAUCUGCUGAUGAAAGACAUUCUACAGAAUUUGUCAAAUCUUUGAAACUUGGAAUAUAUUGCUUUCAUAAUAUGAA